AUGCCCAAGGUUAACAAGCAGAAGCGCAAUAGCGCUGCUUCGCAGGGCCUGUCAGAUGCUGCUGCCAAGACAAAAGCCGCUCACAGCAUCUUCAAGAUGAACACUGAUAUUGGCCAGCACGUUCUAAAGAACCCUGGUAUUGCUGGUGGCUAUCUAGCUGCAAUUGUGGAAAAGGCCGAGCUCAAGCAAAGCGAUAUCGUCCUCGAAAUUGGUCCCGGUACUGGUAACUUGACAGCCAAGAUUUUGGAAAAGGCAAAGAAGUGCAUUGCUGUGGAAUUGGAUCCUCGUAUGGCUGCAGAAGUCACCAAACGCUUCCAGUCCACUCCAUACCAAAAGCGCCUGGAGGUCAUUCUUGGAGAUGUGAUGAAGACGGAGCUCCCAUACUUCGAUGUCUGCAUCAGUAAUACUCCCUACCAGAUCUCUUCUCCUCUCACAUUCAAGCUCCUGGCUACAUCUCCGGCGCCCCGUUCUUGCGUACUCAUGUUCCAACGUGAAUUCGCUCUGCGUUUAUUCGCCAAGCCCGGCGACAAACUUUACAGUCGACUUUCAGUCAAUGCGCAAAUGUGGGCCAAGAUUGACCAUAUCAUGAAGGUUGGCAAGAACAACUUCAAGCCCCCGCCGCAGGUCGAGUCGAGCGUUAUUCGAAUGGUCCCUAAGAACCCACGGCCACAGAUCAACUACGAAGAGUGGGAUGGUCUUUUGCGAAUUGUUUUCGUACGGAAGAACAAGACUCUCCGGUCCAGUUUCAUUGGUACGACAAGCAUCAUGGAAUUGCUAGAGGCAAACUAUCGGACAUGGUGUGCGCAAAACGACAUUCCGGUGGAGGAUGGCCCGGUGGAAGUCGCCAAUGACGAUGCCAUGGCAAUGGACAUGGGCGAGGAGCAAGAGCAGGAACAGGCUGUCGAGGAACCGGCCGACGAGGUCAUGGAUAUGGACGAUGACGAUGUUCCUGAUUUCUUCAAGGAGAGCACAAAUGCCCGCCUCGAAGCAGCACUCAAGAAUGGAGCUUCGCGCAAGAAGCGUGGCAAGGUUGCAGAAUUAGUCCGUGAGAAGGUGCGCCAGGUCCUAGAGGAUGACACUGAUCUCGGAGAGAGACGCGCGCGAAUGUGUGAUGAGAAUGAUUUCUUGAAGUUGCUGUGGGCAUUCAACCAAAAGGGCAUUCAUUUCAACUGA